GUUCCACGAGGAUUUUACACGUUCACACUCAAUUACAGGGGAGGAAUAGCAUUACGAUCGAGCAAUUUGUGUUCGCAAAUUUCAGAGAAGCGUUGUUUAGACCCAACAAAUAAUUUCUGCCUGGAAAAUGGCAACUUUCGCCUCUCUCGGCCUGUCCGAGUGGUUGAUGGAACAGUGUAAACAAAUGGGUAUCGCUCGACCAACUCAGGUACAGGAGAAUUGCAUACCAGCUAUUUUGGAAGGUCGAGACUGCAUGGGUUGUGCCAAAACUGGAAGCGGAAAAACCGCAGCAUUUGUUCUGCCAGUUCUCCAAAAGCUUGCUGAGGAUCCCUACGGUAUCUUCUGCUUGGUGUUGACACCCACAAGAGAACUGGCCUACCAGAUCGCUGAACAAUUCAGGGUGUUGGGGAAACCCCUAGGUUUGAAAGACUGCAUCAUCGUUGGUGGAAUGGAUAUGGUGGCCCAGGCUUUGGAGUUGUCAAAAAAGCCACACAUUGUUGUUGCCACACCAGGAAGAUUAGCAGAUCACAUCAGAAGUUCUGACACAUUCAACAUGAAGAGAAUCAGAUUUUUAAUCCUGGAUGAGGCAGACCGUUUGCUGGAGCAGGGAUGCACUGACUUCACCAAGGACCUGGAAGUCAUCCUUGGUGUUGUGCCAGCAAAGCGCCAGACGCUGCUCUUCAGUGCCACUCUCACAGACACACUGCAGGAGCUCAAAAGCAUUGCCAUGAACAAGCCUUUCUUCUGGGAGAACAAAUCAGAUGUGCGAACAGUGGAAGAAUUGGAUCAAAGGUACCUUCUUGCUCCUGAGAAAGUCAAAGAUGCUUACCUGGUGCACCUUAUCCAGAAAUUCCAAGAUGAACAUGAUGACUGGUCAAUCAUAAUUUUUACUAAUACAUGCAAGAAUUGCCAGAUACUCACAAUGAUGCUUCGUGAAUUCAGAUUUCCUGCAAUCUCCUUGCAUUCCAUGAUGAAACAGAGACAGCGAUUUGCAAACCUUGCAAAGUUCAAAUCCAAUAUCUUCAAGGUUCUGAUAGCAACUGAUGUUGCUGCCAGGGGCCUGGAUAUUCCUACUGUGCAGGUUGUCAUUAAUCAUAAUACUCCAGGCUUGCCAAAAAUCUACAUUCACAGAGUGGGCAGAACAGCACGUGCAGGAAGACGUGGUGUUUCAAUUACACUGGUUACACAGUAUGACAUUCAUCUGGUUAAUGCCAUUGAAGAACAGAUUCAGGCCAAGCUUAAGGAAUACCCAGUUGAAGAGAAAGAGGUGCUGAAGAUCCUUACCCAAGUCAAUGUGACGAGACGACAGUGUGAAAUUAAACUGGAGUCAACAGAUUUUGAUGAGAAAAAGGAGAUUAACAAAAAGAAGCAAAUGAUUCUUGAAGGGAAAGACCCUGACUUGCAAGAAAAGAGGAAAAAUGAACUUGCCAAAAUAAAAAAAGAAAAAAAGAAAUUCAAGGAAAAAAUUCAAGAAACGAUCCAGAAGAAAAAGCGAAAGAUGCAGAAAAACAAAUUGAAAACCACAAGGGGCAGAGUUCAAGAGCAAGCGUAAUUUGUUUUUUCGUAUUGCAUUGACUGCUGUAACUAUUGUAAUAUGUACAGUACGUAACUUGUAUAUGCACUUUUUAAUUUUAUGGAACACCUAAUUUGAUUAAUGUUAAAUAAACUAUAAGGUAAACGUUU